AUGUGUCUGAGAGCUUGUUCGCUUGUUCGCUUGUUUCCAGCUCGUCGCUCCUGUGCUUGCGGGCGCACGAGGAGUGACGCUCGCAGUCUCCGAAGGCUUGGGGAGAUCCUAGGCUUCUCCAUCGACACGCUCCACAGAGACAUGAAGUACCUGCUGGAGUCCGGUGAGUUGUGGUGUUCUACUUUGUCUUCGUUAACUUUACCUCGGAAGAAUACUGCUGUGCUUCGUAUGGUGGACCUGGGUUUGAUAGGCAGGAACUCCUCGUCCCCCUCCUCAACCAACAGCACCAGCAGUAGCGGCUCCGCGUGGCGUAGCUCCCCGCGUGCCUCGGCCUCAGCCCUGGACGACGCCUUCCAGCUCUACGAGAUUGCUAGGUUCGUGGAGAUGCCGAUCGUAGUGCAGGGAUGUGAGGACGCAAUAGUGGAGGCGCUCUCGGCGGAGACGCUGCCGCAUGUGCUGCGCUGGGCCGCCGCGCCGCACGCCAGCCGCUGGGUGCACAGGCAGGCGAUGCGCUACCUGCGGGACGAGUUCCCGGUGGUGAUGUCGCAAGCGGCCUCCGCGCGGCUGCCCCGCAGUGCGCUGGCCAGCGCGCUGGGCUCGGACUUCCUGCAGGCCAGCGAGGCGCAAGCGCUGCGCGCGCUGCUGCGCUGGGCCGAGCGCGCCAAGCAGCCCGACCACCAACGAGAUGGUAUAAAAGUCAAUCGCUUUAUUCACCUCUCUUCCCCCCUCCCCCCGUGUGCAGAGCCGAACGUGGUGUGGCACGCGUCGCACUCUGGUGGGCGGCGCGCGGCGUUGUCACGGCGACGCGCGGGCGCCGCAUGCGACUCCGCGCUGCGCGAGGCGCUCGCCGCGCUGCUGCCGCUCGUGCGCCUGGAGCACCUGCCGCCGGACUGCGACCUGCUCCACCAGGCAUUAUUGGAGGACCAAGCGGUGCCUGAAGCAGAAUUGGCUCGGGUGCGCAGAGCUAGAUAUCUGCACAGGAUACCAGAUACGUUGUAUAUGGUGGCCGCUGCGCAGAACGGGUCCAGCGGCAGUAGCUCUGUUGGCGCUGGAGGGGCGGGCGGGGGUGGCGGGGCGCGUGUUGGGGAGGCGGGCUGCGUGUCGCCGCGCACGCUGGGCGCGCUGCGUGCCCGCGUGCGGGAGCUGCGUGCGUCCCCGCCGGCCGUGCGCGCGCUGGAGCUGCACGCGGCGGACACCAGCCAAGUGCACGAGCAGAUUGCUUUACGAGCCGUCCGAGAGAUGUCGCUGCCCGAUUCAUGUGCAGAUCUGCUGUUAGCCGACUGUGAAGAAAACUCUGAAAAAGAGGGUGGAGGUGAAGAAGAGUGGGAGGGAUGGGGGGAGGCGGGCGCAGCGCAGGCGCUGGGUGCCCCGCAGUUGCCCGAUCUACCACGCCUGCCAGAUCUGCCACACCUGUCACACUUGCCACAUCUGCCCGACUUGCCACACAUGCCCGACAUUGACCUGGACUGCUGCCGGUCGGGGAGCGGAUCGCUUCGCUCCAUCACGAACUCAAGAGCGCCCGCUGUAUUCUUACAAGCCGAGCGGGACACGACGGCCGCGCGACCACGCGAGCUGCCACCACGUCUUCAGGCGCACAGGUCUGUUCGCGGAAGGCUCUCAGCGUGCGUGCCGGACGUGGCGAUGGCGCCAAACGCCAACACGCACCUGCUCACCGCGCGGGACUUCCUUUACCAGCACCAGCAGCUGCAGCACCAGCACCAGCACCAGCCCGCAGAUUACGGCGGCGCGGUGCUGCAGCUGGACCUGGGCGACGGUGCCACGCAUACACCACGGCCUGGGUCUCGAGCGCAACGGGCGGCGGCACAGAAUUCUCGACAUCGGGACUCCUCGCAGGCAAUGUCGUGCGUGCGCUCACGUACGGAGGACGACGAGCUGCGCGCCGCCAUCGAGCUGUCCGUCAUCAGAGGUACCGCUCGUUGCUGGUAUACGUUGUCCCACCGCUGGGCAAACGUCCCACUGUCGUUGCAUACGUCUCGUACAUAUAAUAUAAUAGUGGAGUCUCGAUAA